AUGGCUGACAGUGAGCUCCAACGGCUCUUCUCCGCCAGCCGGGCUGUCGAGCCCGACGUCGCGGCGGAGCUGGAGUCGAUGAUGCGCCUACAUGAAGUCUCGGCCGAGGAUCUCUUCUACAAGUGGGAGUCGUACUGCAUGAAGCUGGACCUGGACGCGGGCGAGGCGCUGACCCUGGCCAACGUGCGGAACCUGAAGCAGAGCAUGAUGGACGAGCUGGCCAAGGCGGCGGCAACGCCAGCGACGGACAUGGCAAGCAAGCACAAAGCGGAGAGAAGGGCUACGGGGACGCCCAGAGCUGCGGCGAAUGGUGGUGGUGGUGGAGGGGACAUGUACGGGAUGUUGGACGGGUUGAUGCCGAGCACGCCGACUACGGCGCGAGGAAGCUCAAAGCUGGGAAGGGCAGCGGCGCCGGGGAGUGCUGGCGGCAACUCGCUGCGCAAGAGGAUGGAGGCGUCUAAGCUGGCGAGCUCGCCGGCUGGGGGCAUGGCCGAACAGCUCGCCGAUAUGGGUAGUGGUCUACCACACAGCUCGUUCAACGAUCGCCAAAAUGCCGGCGACGUCGUCGAGGUACUCAAUGGACACCUCGCGUCCGCCACUCCCCCCACGAGCGACUACACCGCGCCGCGCAUCAAGCUGACGGCGGCGUCGGACCAGAAAAAGAUGGCCUACAAGCCGCUGGCGAUGAAGCUGUCCGAGGCGAGCGAGAUCCUGGACGACCGCAUCGACGACGUGGCGACGCUCGUACAGCGACACCACGGGCUCGACGACGGCGCCUUUGGCAACCCGGCUAGCCAGGGGACGACGGAGAUUGUCGCGGUCGGCCGGGUCGCCUCCGAUGCGCCCGAGGGCCGUCUCAACGCGGCGAGCUUGGUGCUGGAGACGUCGCGCCGUACGGGUAUGGGCUUCCGUGUGCCGCUCAAGAUGGACGCGGUGAAGGGGUGGAGCGUGUUUCCGGGGCAGGUGGUGGCGCUGCGCGGGACGAACGCGACGGGGGCCGAGUUCGUGGUGCGCGAGGUGUUGGAGGUGCCACUGCUGCCGAACGCGGCAUCGACGGGGAGCGCGCUGGCCGCGCACGAGGAGCGCAUGCGCCCGCGCGACCCGGACGCCAUGUCGGACGACUACGACAACGACGAGCCGCCGCCGCCGCUGCAUAUGAUCUUCGCGGCCGGCCCGUACACGGCCGACGACAACCUCAACUUUGAGCCGCUGCACGCGCUGUGCGAGCAGGCGGCCGACGAGCACGCCGACGUGCUCGUGCUGACGGGCCCGUUCCUUGACGUCGACCACCCGCUCAUCGCCGCCGGCGACUUUGACCUGCCCGAGGAGGCGGCGGCGGAAGCGGACACGGCCACAAUGGUGACACUCUUCCGGUACCUCGUCGCGCCGGCCAUCGCGCGGCUCGCCGCCGCCCGGCCGCACGUCACCGUUGUCGUGGUGCCGUCGGUGCGGGAUGUGCUCGACAAGCAUGUCUCGUGGCCGCAAGACGCGAUGCCGCGGCCCGGCACCGGCCUGCCCAAGGCCGCGCGCCUCGUUACCAACCCGAUGACGCUGUCGGCCAACGAGGUGGUCAUGGGCGUGUCGGCGCAAGACGCGCUGUGGGAGCUGCGCGCGGAGGAGCUGUCCGCCGCGGGGGCAGCGGGAGGGGACUUGCUGGCGAGGCUGUGCAGGCACAUGAUCGAGCAGAGGCACUAUUUCCCGGUGCACCCGCCGACGGACCGCGCGAGGCUGCCGCGGACGGGCACGCUGGACGGCGGCGUGGCCACGGGCGCGAUGCUGGACGUGAGCUACUUGAAGCUGGGCGAAAUGGUGAAUGUCCGGCCAGACGUGAUGCUGACGCCGAGCGCGCUGCCGCCGUUUGCCAAGGUCGUCGAGAGCGUGCUGGUGAUCAACCCCGGAUACCUGUCCAAGCGCCGCGGCGCCGGCACGUAUGCGCGCAUGACGCUGCAUCCGCCCAAGAUUGAGGGCGAUGGCCUGCAGAGCCAUCGCGUGUUUGACCGUGCCAAGGUGGAAAUCGUGAGGAUAUAA